AUGUUCAAGUUGAACUUCCUACGUCUCGCAACUCCAGGCUUUUUGGAGAGUAUUAAGCAUGUCCGCAACAUCGGGAUUAGUGCUCAUAUUGAUAGCGGGAAAACGACCACUACCGAGCGCAUUCUUUUUUACUGCGGCAGAAUUAAAACGAUUCAUGAAGUGAAAGGGGGCACCGAGGUUGGUGCUACUAUGGACUCGAUGGAACUGGAGAAGGAGCGUGGCAUCACGAUUCGUUCAGCAGCAACGCAAUGCCGAUGGAAAAAUUCGUGCAUCAAUAUUAUCGACACCCCUGGCCACGUGGAUUUUACCAUUGAAGUGGAGCGCGCUCUACGGGUACUGGAUGGUGCUAUUUUACUCAUGUGCGCGGUUGGUGGUGUCCAGAGCCAAACCCUCACGGUCGAUCGUCAAAUGAAGCGAUAUGGGGUUCCACGCAUCUGUUUUAUAAACAAACUCGAUCGUGAUAAUGCGAACCCGCAGCGCACUAUUAAGCAGGCACGCGAGCGUUUGGGCAUUAACGCGUGCUUUAUUUAUUUAAAUAUCGGUACUGCACAAGACUUUGAAGGUGUGGUGGAUGUUAUUGAGAACAGGGCCGUGUACUUUGACGGCGUAUUUGGUGAAAAUCUGCGCUACGAAGCGGUGCCAGACUUUUUGAAAGAGGAAAUUGAAAAUGCCCGAAAUGAACUGAUUACGUGCCUUGCCGAGUGCGACGAAGUCAUUGAGGGGCUCUUUCUCUCUGAUCAGGUUCCUUCAGUCGAUCAAAUACACGCCGCCAUUCGCCGGGCGACCAUUGCGAAUAAGUUUGUUCCGGUCCUCGUCGGUUCAGCCUACCGUAACAAAGGUAUUCAGCUGCUCCUGGAUGCUGUAGAGCGGUAUCUGCCCUCGCCACUAGAGCGAUCGAACCGGGGCUUUAAAAUCAAGACCGUAAAGGAUGAAGAGGGUAACACUCAUACGGUCAAAGACGAGCAAAUAGAGCUCCUCACCGAUGAUGAAAAACCCUUGGUUGCAUUCAUAUUCAAGUUGGAGGAGAUCAAAAAGGCCGGUCUCUGUAAUUAUGUCCGUGUGUAUCAGGGAAAGAUGCGGAAGGAGCACCUUAAAAACGUGCGCACCGGCAAGACCUUUGUGCCACCGAAGCUUGUGCGCAUGCAUGCAGACAGUACGGAGGUCAUUGAUGAAGUGCGCGCGGGCGAUAUUUGCGCAAUUCGAGGUGAGAUUGACACCUCUUCGGGAGAUACUCUCAUGAAGGCUGGACCACAGUCUACACAACUUAUAUCGUGUGAGGAUAUGUAUGUGCCUCCCCGCGUUAUUUCUGCUUCUGUAAAGAUAAAGGGUGAUCACGAAGCCACCAAGGUGAAGGAUCGCAUGGCUGCCUUCAUGCGUGAAGAUCCAACCUUCAUUUUCUACAAGAAUCAAGAAACCGAUGAGGACAUCAUGGAGGGUAUGGGUGAGUUACACUUGGAUAUUUAUCGUGAGCGUCUUAAGCGUGAGUAUGGUUUGGAAAUCGAACUGGGCAAGCCUACCGUAAACUACCGUGAAGUUAUCACGGAGCGGCAAGACUUUGAUUUCGUCUUUAAGCGGCAGAGCGGUGGGGCUGGGCAGUGGGCUCACAUUAAGGGUUUCAUCGAACCUCUGCAAAUUGACAUGUCCGUGGAGAAGGGCGCGAAGAACAAGGUCACAUCCAACUGCCCUAACGGUGAUAUCCGGGAGAACCUACAAAAGUCCGUGAUCAAACAACUGGAGCGGAAGAUCCUUGUCAACGGGGAACUCAUUCGCGCCCCUGUAUGGGGGGUACAUUUUCACCUUAGCGGCGGUGCCACGCACGAGGUAGACUCGAAUGAUCUCGCUUUCCGAAAUGCGACACAGGAGCUGUGGGAGACGAUUUUACCCAAACUGAAGCCCACACUCGUGGAGCCCUUCAUGAGUGUGGAGAUUACCGUGCCGGCGGCAAACAUGACGGAUGUCGCUACCGAGUUCACCAAGCGUGAGGGUGUGGUGGUGGAAACCUCCGUGGAUGGCCCAGAUGCUGUGAUUCGUGGAGAGACUGCUCUUGACACCAUGUUUGGUUUUAUUUCAGAUCUUCGCCGGUUGACUAAAGGUCAGGGUGACUUUAGCAUGGAGUUCAAGGAGUAUCGUCCAAUGCCCCAGUACAAGGCCCAGAUGCGCAUGGAUGAACGUAACAAGGAGCUGGGCCGGAAGCUGUAUCAACUCAUUAGCUAA